AUGGAUAGAUUUUGCUGUUAUAUUUCGGAAAAUCAAGAGAGGCCAGCGGAAAGUGUAAUGAAGAUAGAGCAAAUUAAAGAGCAAUUUCCGACAGUUUUUCGCAACACAUUGGGAUUAUGUACUAAGGCAAAUAUAAAGCUGAAGUUAAGAGAAGGUGUUGCACCUAUUUUCCGUCCCAAGCGCCCCGUAGCUCAUGCCAUGGAGAGUGCCGUAGAUGAUGAGUUGAAUAGAUUAGAAAAACUCGGAGUUAUAACUCCUACAAAUUUUUCUGAAUGGGCGGCUCCCAUAGUAGUAGUAAGGAAAGCAAAUGGGCAAAUUAGAAUAUGUGGCGAUUAUUCAACAGGGUUGAAUUCAUCUUUAUGUGCUCAUGAAUACCCGCUUCCAUUGCCCGAUGACAUAUUUGCAAAGCUAUCAGGAUGCCACAUAUUUAGCAAGAUAGAUUUAUCUGAUGCGUUCCUUCAAGUUCAGAUAGACGAAGAUUACCGACAUAUUCUUACAAUCAAUACGCAUCGUGGCCUAUACUACUAUAAUCGCCUCCCACCAGGCAUAAAGGUUGCUCCAGCAGCUUUUCAGCAACUGAUCGACACAAUGCUAGCUGGAACUAAGAGAGUGUGUGGGUAUAUGGAUGAUUUAAUCAUCCGAGGCGCAACCGAAGCAGAACAUGAAAGGCAUUUAAAGGAUGUGUUAAAGCGAAUCGAGGAAUAUGGAUUUACCAUCAGAAACGAAAAAUGCGAAUUUAAAACGAAUGAAAUAAGAUACCUGGGGCACGUAAUCGAUAGUCAAGGUUUAAGACCAGAUCCAAAUAAGAUUGCAGCGAUAAGAAAUUUACCGGAGCCUACAAACCUCACUGAGAUUAGAUCGUUUCUGGGAGCCAUUAAUUAUUAUGGAAAAUUCGUGCCGAAUAUGCGACAGCUCCGAUUUCGCUUGGAUGAAUUAUUAAAGCAUGGAGAGCGUUUCCAGUGGGAUCAUAAAUGUAAAGAAGCGUUUGAUCAGUUUAAGAAGAUACUUUCAUCAAAUUUGCUCCUCACGCACUAUAACCCUAAUGAAAAGAUAGUGGUAUCAGCUGAUGCAUCCUCAGUUGGGUUAGGAGCUACAUUGAGCCAUAGGUAUGCGGAUGGUAGUAUGAAAGUGGUUCAGCACGCUUCGAGAGCGUUAACAGAGGCAGAGAAACGAUAUAGCCAAAUUGACCGUGAAGGGUUGGCAAUAGUUUAUGCAGUAACAAAAUUCCACAGAAUGUUAUAUGGACGGCAUUUUUUACUGCAGACGGAUCAUCGACCGCUAUUGCAAAUUUUUGGCUCUAAGAAAGGCAUACCGAUUUAUACAGCAAAUAGAUUGCAAAGAUUUGCAUUAACUCUGCAAUUAUACGAUUUUGAGAUCGAAUACGUAAGAACUGAGCAGUUUGGCAACGCGGAUAUAUUAUACAGAUUGAUAAAAAACCGUUCGCAACCAGAGGAUGAUUAUGUUAUCGCCAGUAUAGAGAUGGAAAGAGAUGUAAAGGCUAUGGCGAUAGAGGCCAUGAGUAAUUUUCCUAUAAGCUUCAGGGAAAUAGAAAGGCAUACAUCGGCAGACGCGAUGCUACGUAAAGUGCGACAUUAUAUACAAGAUGGUUGGCCAACAAGCGUGUCUUACGGUAAUGAGCUAGCAUGUCUUAAUAGCAGAAAGGAUGCUUUAACGCUUAUUGAUGGUUGUAUUCUUUUCGGGGAGAGAAUGGUGAUACCACAAAGAUUGCGAGAGCGUUGUUUGAAGCAAUUGCACCAGGGUCAUCCAGGUAUGCAAAGAAUGAAGUCAGUUGCACGAAGUUAUAUAUAUUGA